AUGAUCAUCGAAGUGUGCGAUGAAUAUCUGAAACAGACGCUCGAAACCGAGGACAUCAAUCUAGAGUUUGCGAAUACAUGCCUUGGGUACCUGAGCAUGGAGGGCCUUCGCGCGGAAGACAUUCUGGUCGCCCAUCACACACGCUACGGAUUCCUGGAAUACGCGAAAUCGCACUGGGCGGAUCAUGCAUCAAGCUGUGCGGAAAAGUUGAAGCAUGGCCGUCUACUCGCAUACGCGACAAAGAGUCCUUCGGCAUUAGUCGAGGCGAUGUGUGCCCAAUACCUUGUCGAAGCAGGAGCUGAUGUCGAUUAUGCGGGUGACGCCGAUGAGGUGCUAGAUACCGCUGUGACACAUGCAGCUCGCUCUGGUCACUCGCAAUUGCUCCUCCUUCUAAUUGACUCAAAGGCCAAUCUCAACUCAGGGCUUGUACCUCCAAUUUUUGCAGCAGUACUUGGGAAUCGCCUUUCAAUCGUAAAACAGCUUUUGUCGGCUGGCUGUGACCCGGAUGUGCGUCGUGAGGGCCAAACAGCUAUCAUGGCCGCCGUGCAUAUGAAUCGGAUGGACAUCGCCGAGUCAAUCAUGCUCGGUGGAGCGGACUUGAACGCUCACUACAUGGGCGAGGAAACGCUUUUGACCACCGCACUCUGGCACAAACGAUGGAAUUUCGCAGCCAAGCUUUUGAAAAACGGCGCACACGGAGCAGAUCAGAAACAGCUGACCCAAGCCUUGAAUUCAGCUGCUUAUGAAGGAGCUGACGACCUAGUGAGAAUGAUGCUGCAAUUUGUGGAACCUGGGCCAUUGCAGUCCAUCUUGGAAGGUCACGAGAUACUGACUGCAUCCUCGCCAGAAAAGUCACACAAGUACAAGACGCCUUUGCAUCUUGCGCUGGAAGGUCGACAUUCUGACAUUGCCGCGGAUCUGAUCAGUGUUGGUUUAGGAAUCAAUCAGCUGUGUGGCAAUCCUCCAUACACUCCGCUUGAAUGGGCGGCUGGACGCAACGAAGUCGACUUGAUCCGCACUCGACGGAAGUACUUGCAUUACUGUUGGAAGCGGGUGCAAGUCCUCAUUGUCGUGGCGAUAAAGAAUUGA